GAGGAAAUAAAAAAAUUGAACGAAAAAUUGGCCCAAGAAAACCCUCAAUUAUAUCGCCAAAAAGCGAUUAAUGUUCUAACCAAAAAAAUGGAAAAAUGGGAAAUUGACGAAAAUGAAUUGAUUGACGAAAUUAACCAAAAAUUAACUCAAUUUGUUGGUUCAACCGGAGCCGAAAAAAGUUUGACUAAAUUACUAACUCAAGCCCAAGCGGCCUUAAAAUCAGGUCAAAAAACCGAAAUAGAGAAAGUCAAAAAUGAUUUAUUGGAUUUUUUGAAAAGUACGAAUGUUUAUGAAAAAAAUGUUGCUUCAGUUAGAGAGUCUGAUAUCGAAAAAAUGAUUAAAGAUUUAGAAAAUUAUUCUAGUCAAAAAACAGGCUCACCGUCCAAACAAGGCUUUCCUUGA